AAUGAAGGACACAAGAGUACCACUUUGGAAUUCAGAUUUGAAACAGCAUCUACCCUUUCCAACUUCCAAAUUCACUGUGUGCACUUCAAUUCCAUCCAACACAAACGUCCCUUUAUGCCUCUUUCAGCUGACUUUUCCUCUUCUGGCAAACAACCCUUCAUGUUUUGACCUUGCUCAUGCUACAGCCAUGGAUAUGAAACGUUGACUGUCUUUGGAAUUGAGAGAGCCAAACACCAAGAUCACAAAAAUUUGAUCUUGCAACUACCCUUUUGUGUUUUUGGUGCUGGCAAAGAGGAAAGCAAUGAGCUUGAAGAAAAGGGGUCUUUCAAAUAACAUUGAAGAGGCUGCAGUUGACUUCUUCAACCAUCUCUUGCAGGAGAAGCCAAGGAUUCCAGUUUUCAUUCCUGUGAUUCUGAUUGCUUGGGCUGUUGAGAGAUGGCUCUUCUCUGCCUCCACUUGGGUUCCUCUUGCACUUGCUGUGUGGACCACUAUACAGUAUGGGAGAUACCAACGCAAACUGCUUGUGGAGGACUUGGAUAAGAAAUGGAAGCGAAUCAUACUAAAUGUCUCGCCCAUCACACCAUUGGAGCACUGUGAGUGGCUCAAUAAGUUGUUGACAGAAGUCUGGUCCAACUACUUUAAUCCCAAGUUUUCAAUAAGGCUAUCUGCUAUAGUUGAGAAACGUUUAAAGCUCCGGAAACCAAGACUACUAGAAAGAGUUGAGCUGCAGGAGUUUUCACUAGGAUCAUGCCCUCCUAGCUUGGCUCUGCAAGGGAUGCGGUGGUCAACUAUUGGUGAUCAGCGAUUCCUGCAACUGGGUUUUGAUUGGGAUACAAGUGAAAUGAGCAUUUUGUUGCUUGCUAAGCUUGCAAAGCCAUUGAUUGGAACUGCUCGAAUUGUGAUUAACAGUCUUCAUAUCAAGGGUGAUCUUCUUAUUACACCAAUUCUAGAUGGAAAAGCACUUCUGUAUUCUUUUGUAUCAACUCCUGAGCUGAGAAUAGGAGUUGCCUUCGGAAGUGGCGGAAGCCAGUCACUUCCUGCCACUGAGUGGCCUGGUGUUUCUUCUUGGCUGGAAAAGCUUUUUACUGACACCUUGGUUAAAACCAUGGUGGAACCUCGGCGUCGUUGUUUCACUUUGCCUGCAGUUGAUUUAAGGAAAAAAGCAGUUGGAGGCAUUAUAUAUAUUAGAGUGAUUUCAGCAAAUAAACUUUCUAGGAGUUGCUUUAAGACAUCUAGGAGGCAGCCAAAUGGUACAACCAACGGUUGUUCAGAGGACAAUUUUGAUCACAAGGACCUAGAGACAUUUGUAGAGGUAGAAGUGGAGGAGUUAACCAGGAGAACAGAUGUCAGACUUGGUUCAACCCCCAGAUGGGAUGCACCAUUCAAUAUGGUUUUACAUGAUAAUGCGGGAACUCUUCGAUUCAAUCUUUAUGAGUGUCUUCCCAACAAUGUGAAGUGUGACUAUCUAGCAAGUUGUGAAGUCAAGUUGAGGCACGUUGAAGAUGAUUCAACAAUAAUGUGGGCCAUAGGACCUGAUUCUGGAGUCAUAGCAAAGCAAGCAAUGUUUUGUGGAGAUGAAAUUGAAAUGGUUGUCCCGUUUGAGGGGGCCAACUCUGGAGAGUUGAAGGUGAGCGUUGUAGUAAAAGAGUGGCAAUUUUCUGAUGGUUCACAUAGUUUGAACAGUCUCCGGAGUAGCAGCUCUCAGCAGUCAAUUAAUGGAUCACCAAAUCUUCAGUUAAGAACCGGAAGGAAACUUAGUGUAACUGUUGUAGAAGGAAAGGAUCUUGCUGCAAAAGACAAAUCUGGAAAAUUUGAUCCAUACAUCAAAUUGCAAUAUGGAAAGGUUGUCCAGAAAUCAAGGACUGUUCAUACUCCAAAUCCUGUCUGGAAUCAGACGUUUGAAUUCGAUGAGAUUGGUGGUGGGGAAUACUUAAAAAUAAAGGCCUUUACUGAAGAAAUUUUUGGAGAUGAAAACAUUGGUAGUGCACAUGUGAAUUUGGAAGGACUUGUUGAUGGCUCAGUCAGGGAUGUAUGGAUCCCUCUUGAAAGAGUGCGUUCUGGAGAAUUAAGACUUCAAAUAGCAGUUAGAGCGGAUGACCAAGAAGGAUCAAAGGGUUCGGGUUCAGGGUCAGGGUCAGGCAAUGGUUGGAUUGAACUUGUUCUGAUAGAGGGAAGGGAUCUUGUUGCUGCUGAUCUCAGAGGCACAAGUGAUCCAUAUGUGAGGGUACACUACGGAAACUUUAAGAAAAGGACAAAGGUCAUAUACAGAACUCUUAACCCUCAGUGGAACCAGACCUUAGAAUUCCCUGAUGAUGGAAGUCCCCUAAUGCUUUAUGUCAAGGAUCACAAUGCAUUACUACCCACAUCAAGUAUAGGUGAAUGUGCUGUAGAAUAUCAAAGGUUGCCUCCAAACCAGACAGCCGACAAGUGGAUACCUCUCCAAGGGGUGAAAAGGGGUGAAAUUCACAUCCAAAUUACCAGAAAAGUUCCAGAGAUGCAGAAGAGGCAAAGUCUAGACUCUGAACCUUCCUUGAGUAAACUACACCAAAUUCCUAACCAGAUAAAACAGAUGAUGAUCAAGUUCAGGUCCUUCAUAGAGGAUGGAAAUCUAGAAGGACUCUCCACCACAUUGAGUGAGCUAGAAACACUAGAGGAUACACAAGAAGGGUAUAUAGUCCAACUAGAGACUGAGCAAAUGCUUCUUCUCAGCAAAAUAAAGGAACUUGGCCGAGAGAUCAUUAAUUCUUCUCCUUCGCUGAGCAGGAGAUCUUCUUCAGCUGGAAACUGAUCUGCAUCAACUUGGUAUUUAUUAUUUAAUGUUUUCCCAUGCACAAUAUUUGCUUAUGGGAAUCAUCAAGGACAGAUUUUGUACAUGUUUCACAAAUAGAUAGUCUUCUUAUACAUAUAGGUUGUACAUGGUUAUUUGAUUAUUAUUAUUUUUUUUUGCUCUUGUAAGUUCUUUUCUGGGGAGGGGGAUGCAUAAUAAUGGAAGGAGUUACUGUACUCACACUUGCACAGGAAACUAGGUUCAAUGACUCUGGCUGGAUUUCUGUAUAAUGUCAAUAGAAAAAAGAAUCAUUUGCUGUUAUAUUGUGCUUCAAAGGAAUGAUACAUUUCGUAAAGAUGAAUCUGUAACUGUUGUUAUCUGUUUU